AUGUCUUGCAAGCCAUAUCUCAACAACCCGGAAUGGCAGCUUCCCGAGGAUGGUGUCAUUGCCAUCUCUGGUGGUAACGGCGCUCUGGGUUUGGUCAUGGGAGGCUGGAUUCUGCGCACGGCCAAGCGCCAGGGCGGCAAGAAGUUCACCAUCAAGUUCCUAUCCAGGUCCUGCAAGAUCAGCGAUCAGAACAUGCCCAACUGGCAGGAAGUCCAGUCACUAGCGGCGUCUCUGGGCAUCACAGUGGAGCAGGCGAAGUGCGACGUGAGCUCCCAGGAGUCGGUGGAUCAGUUCAUCACCAGCGUCACACCGAACCUCACAGGAUUUAUCCACUCGGCCGGAAUUCUGCAGGAUGCUAUGCUCAUGAACCAGACCUGGGAAAAGUUCGAUGCCGUGUAUGAGGCCAAGAGCCGCGCGGCCGCCUACCUCCACGAUGCGCUGGAGAGGUUCUCGAACCCCAAUCUCAAGUUCUUGUGGCUCUUCUCAUCCACUGCCGUGUACGGCAACAUGGGACAGCUGAACUACUCCUCGUCCAACGCAUGGUUGGAUGCUUUGUCUCGGCAUCGGAAUGCGCUUGGCAAACCAUGCGCAGCACCGCAGUGGGGUGCCUGGGGCGAAGUGGGGAUGGCUGCCAACUUAGAUGAUGCCUCGCAGAGGCGGAUGGCGCAAAGCCCCAUGCCGCCAUUUACAAACGCCAUGAGUGAGUCGAAUUCUCAACAACAGCAGCCUGAGCCUGCCGAUGCCAGCGCCACGAGCGCACCAACUGCGACCGACGCUGAAGAGCAGAAGGUCUCGCCGUCAUCAGAUUCAAAGGAGGAGAGCCGUGUGAAGAUCGUGUUCAUAUCUGGUCAACAGGGCUCGGGAAAGUCUGCCUUCGCGGAAGCUCUCUUCUCCUGUGCGACUGCUAAGAAGCAGCACUCUCGAGUAGUUCUGUUUGAUGGCGACGUGUGGGCGCUGGGGUACGAUCCAACCAUCGGGCCCAAUCCUCCACCUGAGUCGAAGGUGAAAGAUGACACUCCUUUCCGCGAGAGAAUGACAGCCAUCUCGGCGUUUCUUGCCGCCUUCCGCGGUAAGGGCAGGGAGGAACAAGCAACUGCCGAUGCCGAUGAAGAUGCGUACCAAGACGACGAGAAACAUGCCUCGUCGUGGCAGCCAUUUUAUGCCGCAAUGUGUGAAGAUGCGCUUCGUGUUGGGGCGAAGAAACUGCAGCAGGCAAGCGAUGGUAGUGAGAGCUGUGUUGUGCUCAUAACGCACGCUGUCUACCGCCGCUCGAUGCGCCUCUUCGUCAAGAGUCAACUUGGCGACCGCCUUGCGCGAUGGAUCUUCGUGGAUCCCUCGCCUAAACUAGCAAUCCAACGAGCUGCCGAGCGUUGCUCGAAGCAGUAUGCCGCAAUGGGUAAGUCCGCAGAGGAAUGGGCUAUGUUGCUGGAGCCAAACAGCGCCGGAUUCCAGCGUCCAUCGAUCGCUGAAGUCGAUGCACUGGGCGGCGUCGACACGGGCAAGGUGGCGGUGCUGGAGAACAAGAGCGAGGAUCUCGAGCAUUUGAAGGCGGUUGCUGAAGACAUGCUGGCGGACAACACUCUGUUCUGA